CGCUUGCCCCGUGGUCAGUCAGCCAAACGACCAGAGAUCGACACACACUGAGCAAGAGAUUGAGCGCAAUCGCGCACUUUGGAUACCGAGUGCUAUUUCGGAUGCAAGUGAGCUAGGCAGAGGGAUCCUUCCCCGAUGCUCACAUUGCACGACAGCAUGGAGAAGCCUAGUGAGAAGCGAGCGACGCAUUACUCCCGUUACUCCGUAUCUACCUCGAAGAUCGAGAAAGGCACGCACAGCCGGGCCCAGGCAAAGCACGAGGCAAAGGAGGGCAAGAGAAGAGAGGUAAAUGUACUGUUACGCAUGCGCGAGUAUGAGACGGUACUUGGGACAAAGCGCAAGGGGCGGCUUUGUGACUGGGUGUCAGGACCACCUUCAAAGUGCCCCAAAAUGUGGCUCUCCCGGGAACCCUGUCUUGAGUAGCAGCCCCAAACACCACACCCCGAGUUCGACGGACCACAACAACAAAUUGAUGGACGGGGACCACGGGAUUAGCAGAGAAUUAUCGUUUUCUCGAAGGCUGCCCGCCCCUUCUGCCUCCUCCCCUCCCCAGACAACAAUUUUCUCUGGGUCCUCCCCUGACCUUUAUGGUGAAAGACUUCCAUCGCCUUCGAGUCGGUCGUUUCCUUCUGCCCGACACCCCAACAGCUUUGUUUUCUCUCUUGUCGAGACAGCCGCGGUUCGAAACAUGGCAAAGUAUUGGGAACAACGGGGCAAGUCAAAGGAAGUGCCUGCCGUCUCGUCAUUGUCGUUACCGUCGCGGCUGGCUCAGAUUUCCAAUGGGAUCGCUGACUGGCUAGUGAUUUCGAGGAACGGUCCAAGAGGCACGCUGAAGGUUAAGUACCUUGGAUCAUGCACUUUGGGGCCUUGGAGCCGGCUCCACACCCGCCCGACAUGUGCGGUACGUACCUCGUAGGUAGGUAAAGGUAUGCUUGUUCCUCCAGCUCCCG